AUGCCAUCUCGUUCACUUGCCUCACUUAAUGAUCCAUCAAAAUUGAAAGUUACCGAAGUGGUCAGCUAUCAACUUAAUCAUAUACCUAUCAUCAAAGGUCACUUCGAAAGUUUAUCAGAGAAAGCACAAUUAUUCAUUGCUGAAAAAGCUGACCUGCUAACACCACGUGCAAUUUACAUUUGUGAUGGUUCUGAAGCAGAAUAUAAAGAGCUAAUUGGUGAAUGCUUAGAAACAGGUGUUUUAACACCAUUAAAAGCAUACAAAAAUAAUUAUUUGUGUCGUACGGAUCCACGUGACGUAGCUCGUGUUGAAUCAAAAACAUGGAUGAUUACACCUGAGAAGUAUGAUUCAGUUUGUCAUACAGCUGAAGGUGUAAAAUCAAUCAUGGGUCAAUGGAUGUCACCUGAACAAUUUGGUAAUGAAUUGGAUGAUCGUUUUCCGGGUUGCAUGAAUGGUCGUACAAUGUAUGUUGUACCAUUUUCAAUGGGUCCUGUUGGUGGUCCACUUUCUAAAAUUGGAAUUGAACUUACCGAUUCUGUAUAUGUUGUACUAUGCAUGAAAAUUAUGACACGAAUGGGUGCACGCGUUUGGGAUCUUUUGAAAAAAUCAGGCGGUGAUUUUGUGCGUUGCAUUCAUUCAGUUGGACAACCACGUCCUGUUCUUACCAAGAUUAUUAACAGUUGGCCAUGCAAUCCAGAAAAAACAAUCAUUGCACAUCUUCCGGCACAACGUGAAAUUUGGUCAUUUGGUUCUGGUUAUGGUGGUAAUUCACUUUUAGGCAAAAAAUGUUUUGCUCUUCGAAUUGCUAUGAAUAUUGGUUAUGAUGAAGGUUGGAUGGCUGAACAUAUGUUGAUCAUGGGUAUUACCAGUCCGCAGGGAAAAGAACGUUUCGUUUGUGCAGCAUUUCCAUCUGCAUGCGGUAAAACAAAUUUAGCAAUGCUUGAGCCAGCUGUUCCUGGCUGGAAAGUACGCGUUGUUGGUGAUGAUAUUGCUUGGAUGAAAUUUGGCGCUGAUGGUCGUUUAUAUGCUAUAAAUCCGGAAGCUGGUUUCUUUGGUGUAGCACCUGGAACAUCUCACAAAACAAAUCCUAUGGCAAUGGCAAGUUUCCAGGAAAAUUCGGUCUUCACAAAUGUUGCUGAAACCGCUGAUGGUGAAUACUUUUGGGAAGGACUUGAGAAGGAGGUGAAAAAUCCGAAGGUUGAUAUGAUUGAUUGGCUAGGAAAACCAUGGCAUCUUGGAGACUCAACGAAAUCAUCCCAUCCAAAUUCACGAUUCACUGCACCCGCAGGUCAAUGUCCGAUUAUCCAUCCAGACUGGGAAAAACCUGAAGGUGUACCGAUUGAUGCAAUCAUUUUUGGAGGCCGAAGGCCUGAAGGUGUACCACUUGUAUUCGAGUCACGCAGUUGGGUACAUGGUAUUUUCGUGGGUGCAUGCGUAAAAUCAGAAGCUACUGCCGCUGCUGAAUUCUCGGGUAAACAAAUUAUGCAUGAUCCAAUGGCUAUGCGACCAUUUAUGGGUUACAAUUUCGGACGAUACAUGCGUCAUUGGAUGAAACUUGGACAACCGCCACAUAAGGUACCGAAGAUUUUCCAUGUCAAUUGGUUUCGUACAACUGCAGAUGGCAAAUUCUUAUGGCCUGGUUAUGGGGAAAAUAUUCGUGUUUUGGACUGGAUUUUGAGACGUUGUGAUGGUGAUGACAGUAUCGGCUUUGAGUCUCCAAUUGGUUAUAUACCGAAAGAAGGUUCGAUUAACCUCAGUGGUCUUCCAAACAUUAAUUGGGCUGAAUUGAUGUCAUUACCGAAAAAGUAUUGGGUAGAGGAUAUGGAAGAAACCAAACAUUUCUUCGAACAGCAGGUUGGCUCAGACCUUCCUCCCGAAAUCGCAAAGGAGCUUGAAGAACAAACAGCUAGAAUCAAAGCUAUGCCAUGA